CGCCGCCCAUAAUUUUCCCCUCCUCCUCUCCCUCCCCAGUGAUAUCCACCCCAUAGAGCCCUUUUCUUUAUAUUUCCCAUCUUCAGAAACCGAAACGUACCUUCACCAUGUCUGACGCCGCUGAGACUAAGCCCGACCCCACCACCAGCGCUCCUGAGGAGACAACAAAGAAGGCCGAGGAGACCACCACUGGCACUGAAACUUCCAAGGUGGAGGAAGUUAAGGCCUCAGCUGAGUCUGCUACUGAAACCGCGAAGGAUGCGGCUGCCAAGACGUCUGACACCGUCUUCUCCAUGUUCGGUGGCGGUCCUAAGAAGGAGAAGAAGGAGGAUGAGGAGGUAGAUGAGCCCUCUGGUUCUUCCAAGGCCCAGAAGGGUGAGGAUGAAGAAGAGGCCCCCGAGUCCCCUGAAGUCCACUUCGAGCCCGUCAUCCGCCUUACGGAGACUGUUGAGACCAAGACCAACGAAGAGCUCGAAGAACAGACCUUCAAGAUGCGCGCCAAGCUCUUCAGAUUCGACCGUGAUAGCAAGGAGUGGAAGGAGCGUGGUACCGGCGACGUUAGACUGCUGAAGCACAAGGAGAACGGCAAGAGCCGUCUGGUGAUGCGCAGAGACAAGACCCUGAAGGUCUGCGCCAACCACUACAUUGUCCCUGACAUGAAGCUCAGCCCCAACGUCGGUAGUGACCGCAGUUGGGUUUGGAACGCUGCUGCAGACGUCAGUGAGGGUGAGCCUGAGGCUUCCACUCUGGCCAUUCGGUUUGCCAACAGUGAGAAUGCCAACCUCUUCAAGGAAGCUUUCGAGUCGGCCAGGGAGGAGAACGCGAAGCUUCUCAAGCAGUAGAUUUCCUUUCCAGACCGGCUUCUCAGAAUUAUCGAGCAUUUGGAGGAAUAUUCUUAAUGCAUACUUUCUACCCUUCUAUCACAACGAGGUUGAUGGAAUGAAAUCUCAUCAACUCGGCGUUUCUUUUAUUUUUCUCCCCUGACACGAUUCCCAGUCGAUUCCUAACCCAUCAUCCUCCAUUCACCCUACCCUGCCCACGCCUUAUGUACGCAUGAAUGAAAAUGCAGAAUGAUGGUUCUGCUAAUGGAUUCCCCGCCGAGCCGAUUAUGACGCUGGCAUGACCCUGACUUCUUGGUAGACACUACCGUAUGACGGUCUUUUGUCACUAGUUGAGGCGGCCGUGUUCAGCCAUUUGGCAGUAGAUAGACACACUAUCCAUCGAAUAUACAAUGAAAAUAUGUGCAUGCCUAUGAUAGUCUAUAAUUCAAAGUGCGGCUGGAGGAGUUGUGGCUGCUUCUGGAGGGCUGUGUGUGUA